CGCGCCGGCGUGCGCGCCGCCGCUGCCUCUCUCUCCCUGCCUCCCUCUCUCUUCUCUCUCUCUCUCCCUCCCGUGGUAGCAGGAGCAGCGCGGGCGGCGGGGCUGGAGCGUAGCUGAGGCGGCCAUUCCUACCGAGCGAGAGAGAGCGCAGCGUGUCCCCCCCGGGCUCAGUCGCGCACAGGAGAUGCCCUCGGCUACCAACAGCACCAUGGCGAGCAGCACCACCGGCAGCAGCACCGGCAAAGCGGGACCGGGCAGCGAGGCUGCCCCGGCGGCGGCGGCCCCGCAGGCGGCGGCGGGUGUGAACAUCACCACGGUGCAGACCGAGGCCAUGAAGCAGAUCCUGGGGGUCAUUGACAAGAAGCUGCGCAACCUGGAGAAGAAGAAGAGCAAACUUGAUGAUUACCAGGAACGAAUGAACAAGGGAGAACGUCUGAACCAAGAUCAACUGGAUGCAGUGUCAAAGUACCAGGAAGUGACAAAUAAUCUGGAAUUUGCUAAGGAACUGCAGAGGAGUUUUAUGGCUCUGAGCCAAGAUAUCCAGAAGACAAUAAAGAAGACAGCUCGCAGGGAGCAGCUGAUGCGCGAAGAGGCCGAGCAGAAGCGUUUGAAGACUGUGCUGGAGCUGCAGUUCAUCCUGGAGAAGCUGGGGGAUGAUGAAGUGCGCAGCGACCUCAAACAGGGAUCCAACGGGGUGCCAGUGCUGACAGAGGAGGAGCUGACCAUGCUGGAUGAGUUCUAUAAGCUGGUUUACCCUGAACGAGACAUGAACAUGAGGUUGAAUGAGCAGUAUGAGCAAGCGUCUGUUCACCUGUGGGACUUACUGGAAGGGAAGGAAAAACCAGUUUGUGGAACAACCUAUAAAGCACUGAAGGAGAUUGUUGAACGCAUUCUUCAGACCAGUUACUUUGACAGCACCCACAACCACCAGAACGGGCUGUGUGAGGAAGAGGAGGCAGCACCUGCACCUGCAGUAGAAGACACUGCAGCAGAGGCUGAGCCUGAUCCAACAGAAGAAUUUACUGAGCCAACUGAAGUUGAAUCAACUGAGUAUGUAAACAGACAAUUCAUGGCAGAGACUCAGUUCAGCAGUAGUGAGAAGGAACAGGUAGAUGAGUGGACAGUUGAAACGGUUGAGGUUGUAAAUUCCCUGCAGCAACAGACCCAGGCGACGUCUCCUCCCGUCCCGGAACCUCACGCACUCACUGCUGUGGCUCAGGCAGACCCCCUGGUCAGGAGACAGCGAGUACAGGACCUCAUGGCACAGAUGCAGGGCCCCUACAACUUCAUGCAGGACUCAAUGCUGGAAUUUGAGAACCAAACGCUUGAUCCUGCCAUUGUAUCUGCACAGCCCAUGAACCCAGCCCAGAGUUUGGACAUGCCCCAAAUGGUUUGCCCUCCAGUUCAUGCUGAGUCAAGACUUGCCCAGCCUACCCAAGUUCCUGUGCAACCAGAAGCUACACAGGUUCCUUUGGUUUCUUCUACAAGUGAGGGAUAUACAGCUUCCCAACCCAUGUAUCAGCCUUCUCACACAGCAGAGCAACGGCCACAGAAAGAAUCAAUUGACCAGAUUCAGGCUUCCAUGUCCCUGAAUGCAGACCAGACCCCAUCCUCAUCAUCACUUCCCACUGCAUCCCAGCCACAGGUGUUCCAGGCUGGAUCCAGCAAGCCUUUGCAUAGCAGCGGAAUCAACGUCAAUGCAGCUCCAUUCCAAUCCAUGCAAACAGUAUUCAACAUGAAUGCACCUGUUCCUCCUGUGAAUGAGCCAGAAACCCUUAAGCAGCAAAACCAGUACCAGGCCAGUUACAACCAGAGUUUCUCCAAUCAACCUCACCAAGUAGAACAAUCAGAUCUCCAGCAAGAACAACUCCAGACAGUGGUUGGUACCUACCACGGUUCCCCGGACCAGAGUCACCAAGUGGCAGGAAACCACCAGCAGCCUCCCCAGCAGAGCUCUGGAUUUCCCAGGAACAGCCAGCCUUACUACAACAGCCGGGGCGUGUCCCGGGGGGGAUCCCGCGGGGCCCGGGGCCUCAUGAACGGCUACAGGGGCCCAGCAAAUGGAUUCAGAGGGGGAUACGAUGGCUACCGUCCUUCCUUUUCCAACACUCCUAACAGUGGCUACACACAGCCCCAGUUCAAUGCUCCUCGGGAUUACUCAAACUACCAGAGGGAUGGAUAUCAACAAAAUUUCAAACGUGGCUCUGGACAAAGUGGACCUCGGGGAGCUCCUAGAGGUCGUGGAGGGCCCCCCAGACCAAACAGAGGGAUGCCUCAGAUGAAUGCUCAGCAAGUGAAUUAAACACGUUCACAGGAUUCCGUUCAACGCCAAAAACACGCUGGCCAGUGUACAAUACAUGUUACCAGAAGAGUUAUUAUCUAUUUGUUCUCCUUUACAGGAAGUUUAUUGUAAAGGGACUGUUUUCAUUACCCAUAAUGACAGGACUACAGUUGCCAGCUUUAUAUUCCCUGGAUAUUGAAAGGAACGAAACAACGUUUACUCUGCAUGUUCUGUCCUAAGCAUCAUCUUGAGCCUUGCACAUGAGAUUCAGAUUCCUCACCCUUGCUAAGAAUAAAGCAAAAAAGGCAAUUUUCAGGGUGAUCCAAUCUCCAUGGUUAACUGAAGUGGCAGGAAAAAGCAAAGACUCACUUCUGUCAUUUAAAAGUAAUUUAACAAAAUUCAGAUAAAAUCUGCAAAUUCAUAAAAAUUUUCUGUGGUGGCAGUUAAAAAAAAAAACUUAAAUGUUCCCAUGAAAAGAUGGAAAAGGUGAAGUGUGGCUUGGUAGAACAGCUGCAUUUCAUCUUUUUCUUAGUAAAUCGAAGCACUGAACAGUUCAAGAUGUGUAGUGAUGCAAUUGCCCUGAAUAGACAGGUGGGCUUAGAGGCAGUUUGUGACAAAGAAGAGGCACCCUUAGCUGCAGCACUCCUCAUCACCAGGGCCCUGAUUCCUGUGGCUAUGGAGUUAAGAGCGCUUGCAUAACUGCUAAUGUAACUGUGUAAUUAAUUUUUUUUUAGGAGACAAGGUGAAAAACAAAAAAAACCAAAAAAAAACAGGCUUUGAUUUGGCACUUGGACAAAAUUUUGCAACAAAUCCUGAGCUAUAAUCUGGAUGGCCACUGUAUAUUUGAUGUGAAGUAUUUAGAUAUCUCUUUGAAACACUUAAGUUUCUUUGAUAGCAAUGACUUUUGUAAGGAUUGGUAUUCUCUAUCAUUCCUUAUGACUUGCACAUUGUCUGUCACUAAUACUUGACCUUGCUGUAUUAUCACCUAAAUAACUGAUGCCGGUACUGAUGGAAAUCCCUAAUGGAUAAUCAUAACACUUUUGGUCACAUGUCCUUUUGUCUUUCCUGCAGCCUUGAAGGUUUUAAGAAAUCUCAAAUGCCUGCUGCUGCUGCCCUUCCAAUUGCUGUCUUUUGAAAAGCACCAGUCUGUGUUUGAGUUGAUUUCCCCUUUUCAGGGAAAUGACAGCCAGCAGUUACAGUUCUAAUGGUAUAAGCAAGAUAAAUAAAACAUGUUUAUAAAAAUUG